CACCGCAAACGGCAAACCCACUCUCUAGUCUCUCCCAAAUAUAAAACCCCCUAUUCCCCCAAACCCUCUCUCUCAUCUCAAUUCUCUCUCUAAAACUCUCUCUCCCUCUCAAAAACAUCGUUAACACACACUCUCUCAGACUAUCAACCAUGUCUGCUUACCAGGGCAAAUACGCUGAUGAGCUCUGUGCCAAUGCUGCAUACAUUGGUACCCCUGGAAAGGGUAUCCUUGCUGCUGACGAGUCAACUGGCACAAUUGGCAAGCGUCUUUCCAGCAUCAAUGUUGAGAAUGUUGAGGAGAACAGGCGUGCUCUCCGUGAGCUUCUCUUCACCACCCCUGGUGCCCUCCAGUACCUUAGUGGAGUAAUUCUCUUCGAGGAAACCCUCUACCAGAAGACACAUGACGGUAAGCCCUUUGUUAAUCUUUUGAAGGAAAAUGGUGUUCUUCCUGGCAUUAAGGUUGACAAGGGUACAGUUGAGCUUGCUGGAACCAAUGGUGAGACCACCACCCAGGGUCUUGAUGGCCUAGCACAGCGUUGCCAGAAGUACUAUGAAGCUGGUGCUCGUUUUGCCAAAUGGCGUGCUGUGCUCAAGAUUGGCCCAACUGAGCCAUCUCAGCUUGCCAUCAAUGAAAAUGCCAAUGGAUUGGCUCGAUAUGCUAUCAUCUGCCAGGAGAAUGGCCUGGUCCCUAUUGUUGAGCCUGAGAUAUUGGUUGAUGGACCCCAUGAUAUUUUGAAGUGCGCUGAUGUGACUGAACGUGUUCUUGCUGCCGUAUACAAAGCUCUUAAUGACCACCAUGUCUUGCUUGAGGGAACCUUGUUGAAACCCAACAUGGUGACCCCUGGAUCAGAAGCACCAAAGGUUGCACCAGAGGUGAUUGCUGAGCACACUGUCAGGGCUCUUCAGCGAACAAUGCCCGCUGCAGUUCCUGCUGUUGUUUUCUUAUCUGGUGGUCAGAGUGAGGAGCAGGCAACUGUCAACCUAAAUGCCAUGAACAAAUAUAAGGGAAAGAAGCCAUGGACCCUUUCAUUCUCCUUUGGACGUGCCCUUCAACAGAGCACUCUCAAGGCAUGGGGAGGAAAGAAAGAAAAUGUUCCGAAGGCCCAGGCUGCAUUCCUUGCUAGGGCCAAGGCCAACUCAGAGGCAACUCUUGGAACCUACAAGGGUGAUGCAACCCCUGGUGAGGGUGCCUCCGAGAGCCUUCACGUGAAGGACUACAAGUAUUGAUGAAACUAAAAGCUUCUAGUGGGUUUUGUGUUUUGUUUUGGAGAGUUAAUGGCGGUAUGGGGUAUAAGGUUGUCCUAUUCUCAGGCAUAGAGUUAGGGCUGUUUUUCAAUUUUCUUUAUUAUAUGUUUUAGUAGGAUGAUGCUAGAGUAAUAAUGCUUGAGUAGCAUUUGCCUGGUGAGCUUGGAUUUUUCGGUUGGGAACUGCUGAUGGAUGCUUCUCGUUUGUGUUUUUUAAACCUUUUUCCUGUUAAACCAAGUUUAAUGAAUUAUUGACUGUCAUGCUCCAA